AUGCAUUCAUCAGGGAGGCUUCUGCAUGCUCAUCUCUCUGGUCUGUCCACAGGAUUUGUUGAGGAUGUCWUGGCAAUCUUUGAGGAGUACCCGAUCUGCAGCAGCACCACCGACCUCAGCCACCUGCUGCAGUCAGUGAGAGGCAAGGGUCUGUUUGUCAGAGAUGAGAACAAAUUCAUCUUCAUCAAGGUUCUGGUCGGGAAAGAGGCCAAAGCUAAUUUCAAGAUCUACAAUGCAAGCAGUAUCCCAUGUGACGUGGCCCUCGCCAUCAAGCCCGCGCCUGGACUGGGUAAAGGCCUUACCAACAAAAUUUUCAAAUUGGAUCCAGUCAAGAUGUCCAUUGCUGGCUCAUCCUGUGCUGUUGCUACGGUGACCUUYGCCCCAGAAAUGGAGCAGGACUAUGACUGCAUUUUCCAGGCUUCCCUCAUCAUCCCAAAAAGCCCCAUGAAAAUUAGACCCCAAACCCUGACCUUCACCAUCAGUGGGAGGGGGUACGACCCACAGGUGACAGUCAUCGAGCCAAGUGCUCGCAGCGUGAGGGGGAACGCCGUGCUGCGCUUCAAGAGGCUCCAGCUGGGCAAGUCAGAGACACUCCCCCUGCUUGUCCAGAACAAGGGCAUCAUAUCUGUCCAGUUUAUGUUACACCUGGAGGAUGAGCAGGGAGUGUUCUCCUUAAAAAGCAGGCAAUCCACACUCGAUAGAUUGUACACUGAAAAUGUGGAAGAGGACUCCAGUGAAAAUGAGAGCAAGACCCCAAAGAAGCCUUUCCUGCUUCUGCAAUGUGGGGAAACAGCAGCGUUCGAUGUCACUUUCAAACCCACCCUGGCUCAGCRUCUGGAAGGGAAGAUUCGUGUGUUAGUGGGAGAUGUCUACUCCAACAAGACUGAAAUAGAGCUGGUGGGUGAAGGCCACAAGGACAGUGUGACCUUCGAAGAUAURGAGGAAGACGUAGAGGAGAGAACUGCUGAGAUCAGUCUGAAGGAAGACAUAAUUGCUGCUUUCAGAGUGAAUCACAUCGAGUUUGGGGACUGUCCUGUUGGGAAGCGCUGCUACAGGACCUUCACCAUGAUCAACCACAGCACCACGAAGGUCAUGCGCUUUGAGUGGGAGACAGACGCCCCAUUCGAGUUCUCCCCCAGGGUGGGACACAUCCAUCCUGGGUGUGACAAGGUCAUCACYGUGAUCUUGAAAUCAGACGUCCCAGCUACCUUCAGCAGGCAGCUUGCGACAUGUCAGGUGGACAGGAUCCAGUACGACGAGCCCCGAAGGAAGGUUCCAGACUGGGAUGACACAAUGCACCUUGUCACAUGGGUGGACACUGCCAGCAAGGAACCAGAAGCCCCCUGGCCUGUAAAGGACAUGGUGGUCGAGGCAGUCCCAGAGCCAGAUCACACUGUGGUGGAGAGCAGGCAGGAGGACGAGAUGUACCUCAGUGCCUUUGUUAGCGACAUCCGGUUCAAAAUGGACAUGGUUGUGAUUCAGUUCAAGGACACCUUCCCCUACUAUGAAAGGAUGGCCACUUUCACGAUGCACAACACAGGGAAGGUACCCCUGGAAUACUUCUGGGAGGAAGAUGCACGUAAAAAACCAGUGGAGCAUAAGCCAUACUCAAGACCUCAAAUGCGUGACUUCCUCUGCUCUGCUGCUGUGGAGCGUCGCAAAACACUGCUGCGUCGUUUCUGGCAGAGGCAGGAGCGGCUGCAGCGGUGGCAGGARCGGCUGCAGCRGCAGCAGCARGAGCGGCUGCAGCAGUGGCUGCGGGACGAGCUGCCUUCCGAGCCCCGGUAUUACGGGGAGGAGCCGCUGGAUUCUGAGGAGGAGCUGCUGGAUUUCGAGGAGGAGCAGCUGGAUUUCGAUGAGCACCUGGUGAGGAUACGGAAGCUUACCGAGAAGGAGCUGGARCGGGAGCGGAAGCGGCAGCAAAAGGAGGAGCAGAAGAAGGCAGUAGUGGCUAUUUUCAAGCCCAUCUUAUAUGACAUGGUGCACUUCAAGGCGGAUCAGGACAAGGAGGAGGAUCCCGAGAAGCAGCAUACUCUUGACUGGAGCCUCAUGGAGGGGAUGGUGCAUUCCAUGGAGGGGCGGGAGCCGGACAAGAAUAUCGAGACGUUUGAGGACUGGGACCUCUUUUAUUAUAUGAUAUAUCCCAAACAGCGGCCUCCUGACGAGGAACUGGACAGGUCGUCUGAGGAGGAGGAGCCACCUGCCAAGCCACCGAUUUACAAGAAGCUGCUGCGCCUGCACCCCCACAUGAAAUGGCACGUCUUUGCGCUGACACACCAGAUUAUAGCGGAGCAGCGGCGGCGCGAAGAGGAGCAGCAGCGUUACGAGCAGGACCUUUUAGAUUUCCAGCGGAGGCAGCUGGAGAAGAGGAUGAAGAAGAAGCAAGUGCGUGAAGCAAAGGUUAAGCGUAUUGAAAAACUGCUUCAUGACUUCCUGAAGAUCAAGAGGGGUGACCAGCCGAACGAAGAGGAGGAGGAGCAGCAGCAGCAGCAGCAGCAGCCGCAGCAGCAGCAGCAGCAGCAGGUGGAUUCCGAGACAGAGGAGGAUGAACCAGAUUCCGAAGAGGAGCAGCAGCAGAUUUACAAAGAGGAGGAGCAGCAGAUUUAUGAAGAGGAGGAGCAGCAGACUUCCGAGGAGGAACAGCAGACUUCCGAGGAGGAACAGCAGGAGCCCGAGGAGCCGACCUGUUCCAAGAAGCGGUACCGUGCCAAGAAAAGGCGCCUUUCUCAGGAGAGUGACAGGACCUCCCUGGAAGUCUUCCCAGAUGUCAGCGAUGACAUACCACUGUUUUCCAUCUACCCCGACCAAGGCACCAUUGCUCCUGGCGAGAAGCAGACCUUUUACUUGGAGUUCUUCCCGACAUGUGUGGGGAAGUUUAAGAGCACCUUGCUGUGCAGGAUUCCUAACCUGAAACCAAGUCAGAAGAAGAAGGCGAAGGUGAYUGUGAAAGGCAGAGCCCGRGAGCGAAAGAUUCUUCCUCCGCCAAAACGCUCUGCGUUACGGCAGGCAGACGGAGCCCCAAAACCCAAGAAGACGGUGCACUGGGAGCCAGCACCUGAGUGACAGCAUUUGAGUCAGCUGGAGCACGCAGCAGGAGCCACCAGCACCAUGUCUUCUGCUGCUAACGGUCUCCCACCAGAGACCUCUCCGGCUACAUUUCCGAGCUCCAGUGAACACCUCUAGGUUACCUUUCAGCAAUCUAAGAUUAGUAAUUGUU